AGCAGCGGAGCGGAUUUAAGUUGUGUGUGUGUCACGGAAACAAAUUAAAUCCCGGCAACAGGAAACGAAACUAGGAUUACAUCUUAUUCGCAUAUCCGUGUUUAUAGAGCAGAGUGUUUUUAGAAAUAGUCUUGACACUCGGUGGUGUGCCAGUAGCUUUGUAAGUCGCUGGGUGAAGCUGCAGCAGUGAGAGAUGAAGUGCGCGGCCGCGGUGCUCGCGCUCUGCCUCCACAUCACCGCCCUCAAGGUGGUGGCAGGUGAUGUGUGCGCUAGCGGGAAGUUCACGUCGUCGGGUGAGUGUUGCAGUCUGUGUCCUGCGGGCACAGGAGUGGCAUCCAGUUGUGAACAAGACGACACCAAAUGUCAGCCGUGCCAAGACGGUGUGACGUUCUCAGGAUCUGAGGGAUUGUCCAGGUGCCAGCCGUGUUCACGAUGCCCUUUUGGAGUCCCCCAGCUGGCGCACUGCACCAUCACCCAGGACACCCUCUGCGACUGUGGCAAAGGCUACUUCCUGUGGAAGCGGCCGAACGAAACCGACGCCGUCUGUGCCCCGUGUGCUAUGUGCAACAGGGGGGAGGGCGUAGUUCGGGCGUGUGGGCCUACGGGAAACACCGUGUGCCAACCAUGCGGCCCGGGCACCUUUUCAGAGGAAAAAAGCUCCAGCCAGACCUGUACGCCGUGCUCCCAGUGCAGCAAGGACGAGGUCGAGAUCCGGCCCUGCCAGCCCAAGUCGGACACACUCUGCAUGGAUCGAGACCUGCACAUCUUUUCGAGGAAUGGUACCGAGUUUCCGCGCCGACUCAUCCCUUCUGAAGAGGAGCGCGAGAAGAAGAAUAGAAUGGUGCAUGGGUCCGAAGCUCCGGACCUUAGCUCUCAGGACAGUCAGGGAGGCAACAACAUCCUGAUCUAUGUGUCUGUGCUGGCAGCCGUGGUGCUGGGACUCCUGAUCUACGUCGCCUACAAGUGCUGGAAAUCAUUCCAGCAGAAGGCGGCGCUGGGAAAAGCUCGGGCUGCAGAAUUGAACAACGUGGUAGAGGGCGAGAAGCUGCACAGCGACAGCGGCGUGUUCCUCGACUCUCACAGCCUGCAGGAGGGUCACACGGGUAAAGGCAUUAAGCAGGACACCAAGCAGGACUCUCGCUACCUUACGCUGCCCCCUCACAGGCAGGAGGAGGUGGAGAAGCUUUUGGCCGAGGGUGGAAGUCGGAGCUGGAGGCAGCUGGCCACCGUCUUGGGUUACGAGCAGGACCGAGUGGACAUGUUUGGCCGUGGCGAAGACCCCGUCCACACGCUGCUGACCGACUGGGCGCAGCAAGACAGCUCGACGGUCGAGCUCCUGUCCACCGCACUGAGCAACAUCGAGCGACACGAUGUAGCCAAAGCACUCGGUUCUCCCAAUCAAGGUAUUACCAUGGUCUGAAUCCGGUCCCUUCAGUGGCCUGAAAGAUGGAAAACAAUGGAUCCUAAAGAGGGAAAGAGCACAGCACUCGUUUCUGCAUGACAGGGAAGAGACUUUCUACUCCAAACGUGAGGAAAAGAACUGUAAUCCUGCUUUUGUUUCGUAUCAAUCUUAAGUGCCUUUUUGCUCGUUUUUGCAGCGCUUUCCAUCGAGAACGGAUGCUCCAUUCCAGUCAUCCGUUCAAGACUGUUUCAGUAUUUAUGCGAAGAGGACAGACUUCCUUUUCAGAGUCUUGACAAGCCAGAGCAAAACAUAAUACUGGCUUUGUAAUAAGAAAAAAUCCUAGCCCUUUGUUCUUCAUAAUGCAUUAUAAUAAAUGUUGUCUUCUGAGUGGUUCAGAAGGAUUUGGUUACCGUCUUGCAGGUUGCAUCAAAAGCCAGAGGACAUGUUUCGGUGCUGUUUUCCGCACUCACACUCGUGCAGGAGGAGGAGGGUCGUCUUCUUCUGGAUGAGUUAUUAUCCAUGCGAAAAAAAUGCUUUGUCGUACUGAUGCAAACAUUUGGACUCUUUGAACCCGAGCACAGCCUUCAGUGUUUUCCCCAAAACAGACACAAAACUACACACAUGCUGUAAAUGAAAAAAAGGAAGCAAUGCCUGUUUUAUGGGCAAACUAUUUGGUGUAUGUUUAGCAAAUGCUAAAGCGCAAUCAAUCAUGAAGCACUGUUUCCUUAUGUGCGUGUGAACAAUUAAUCAAAUUAUACAACUAGAAGAGUAUCAGUGAUAGGGAGCAGCACCAUGUGACCAUGUUUGUCCCGUUAGUUAUGAAAUACAUUU